AUGGGUACCGUCAGCUCCAGGCGGUCCUGGUGGCCUCUGCCGCUGCCACUGCUCCUGCUCCUGCUUCUGGGUCUCGCGGGCGCCCGUGCGCAGGAGGACGAGGACGGCGACUACGAGGAGCUGGUGCUAGCCUUGCGUUCCGAGGAGGACGGCCUGGCCGACGCACCCGAGCACGGAGCCACAGCCACCUUCCACCGCUGCGCCAAGGAUCCGUGGAGGCUGCCCGGCACCUAUGUGGUGGUGCUGAAGGAGGAGACCCACCGCUCGCAGUCAGAGCGCACUGCCCGCCGCCUGCAGGCCCAAGCUGCCCGCCGGGGAUACCUCACCAAGAUCCUGCAUGUCUUCCAUCACCUUCUUCCUGGCUUCCUGGUGAAGAUGAGUGGCGACCUGCUGGAGCUGGCCCUGAAGUUGCCCCAUGUCGACUACAUCGAGGAGGACUCCUCUGUCUUUGCCCAGAGCAUCCCAUGGAACCUGGAGCGAAUUACUCCUGCACGGUACCGGGCGGAUGAAUACCAACCCCCCAAAGGAGGCAGCCUGGUGGAGGUGUAUCUCCUAGACACCAGCAUACAGAGUGACCACCGGGAAAUCGAGGGCAGGGUCAUGGUCACCGACUUCGAGAGUGUGCCCGAGGAGGACGGGACCCGCUUCCACAGGCAGGCCAGCAAGUGUGACAGCCAUGGCACCCACCUGGCAGGGGUGGUCAGCGGCCGGGAUGCCGGCGUGGCCAAGGGCGCCGGCCUGCGUAGCCUGCGCGUACUCAACUGCCAAGGGAAGGGCACAGUCAGCGGCACCCUCAUAGGCCUGGAGUUUAUUCGGAAAAGCCAGCUGGUCCAGCCCGUGGGGCCACUGGUUGUGCUGCUGCCCCUGGCGGGUGGGUACAGCCGGGUCUUCAACGCCGCCUGCCAGCGUCUGGCGAGGGCUGGGGUUGUGCUGGUCACCGCUGCCGGUAACUUCCGGGACGAUGCCUGCCUCUACUCCCCAGCCUCGGCUCCCGAGGUCAUCACAGUUGGGGCCACCAAUGCCCAGGACCAGCCGGUGACCCUGGGGACUUUGGGGACCAACUUUGGCCGCUGUGUGGACCUCUUUGCCCCAGGGGAGGACAUCAUUGGUGCCUCCAGCGACUGCAGCACCUGCUUUGUGUCACGGAGUGGGACAUCGCAGGCUGCUGCCCACGUGGCUGGCAUUGCAGCCAUGAUGCUGUCUGCAGAGCCAGAGCUCACUCUGGCCGAGUUGAGGCAGAGACUGAUCCACUUCUCUGCCAAAGAUGUCAUCAAUGAGGCCUGGUUCCCUGAGGACCAGCGGGUACUGACCCCCAACCUGGUGGCCGCCCUGCCCCCCAGCACCCACAGGGCAGGUUGGCAGCUGUUUUGCAGGACUGUGUGGUCAGCACACUCGGGGCCUACACGGAUGGCCACAGCUGUAGUCCGCUGUGCCCCAGAUGAGGAGCUGCUGAGCUGCUCCAGUUUCUCCAGGAGUGGGAAGCGGCGGGGCGAGCGCAUCGAGGCCCAAGGGGGCAAGCGGGUCUGCCGGGCCCACAACGCUUUUGGGGGUGAGGGUGUCUACGCCAUUGCCAGGUGCUGCCUGCUACCCCAGGUCAACUGCAGCGUCCACACAGCUCCACCAGCUGGGGCCAGCAUGGGGACCCGUGUCCACUGCCAUCAGCAGGGCCACGUCCUCACAGGCUGCAGCUCCCACUGGGAGGUGGAGGACCUUGGCACCCACAAGCCGCCUGUGCUGAGGCCACGAGGUCAGCCCAACCAGUGUGUGGGCCACAGGGAGGCCAGCAUCCACGCUUCCUGCUGCCAUGCCCCAGGUCUGGAAUGCAAAGUCAAGGAGCAUGGAAUCCCGGCCCCUCAGGAGCAGGUGAUCGUGGCCUGUGAGGACGGCUGGACCCUGACCGGCUGCAAUGCCCUCCCUGGGACCUCCCACGUCCUGGGGGCCUACGCUGUAGACAACACGUGUGUGGUCAGGAGCCGGGACGUCAGCACCACAGGCAGCACCAGUGAAGAAGCCAUGGCAGCCGUUGCCAUCUGCUGCCGGAGCCGGCACCUGGUGCAGGCCUCCCAGGAGCUCCAGUGA